CAGCUGGUCAGUACCAAAAUCCACCAACAUCCAACCAACCAGUAUACCACAGUGAAGGGUUAAAAAAAUCGACAAAAUCCAUAUCAGCAAAUCAACAACUAAUUUUUCAAAAUAUUUGAUCAUUCAUCCAUAUAAAUAACAUGUCAAUAGAUUAAAUAGAGUGAUCCAAAAGUAAUGUCAUCAUCUACAAAUAUAUUAUUAUGUACCAGUUGAGUAUCAAAUAAUCAAAUUAUUUACGUUCCCUGAUCUAGAAUAUUGAAAUUUUGUGCAAUCGCCGACAUGAAUAUCGAACAAAACCGUCUCGAAACGUUCAACGAUUGGCCUGCAGAUGCAUCAGUCAGCCCUCAAAGGAUAGCCAAAGCAGGUUUUUAUUUUACUAGAAAUAAUCUAGAAGUAGAAUGUUUUUCGUGUGGUUUAAAAAUAACCACUUGGAACUAUGGCGAUCAAGUAAUGGCCAGACACAGAUCCUUAAAACCCAAUUGUCCUUUCGUUUCAGAUCCAGCCUCCUCCGGCAAUAUUCCUGCUGUAGUUUCACCUCUAAGUAUACCUUCAUCGUCCUUUCCUUUAGACUAUAAAAAUGAAUCUGAACGAUUAGCCUCGUUCGAUAAUUGGCCCAUACCACAGGUAGUUUCACCAGAAGACUUAGCAAGAGCUGGAUUUUAUUCGCUGAAAAAUGGAGACAAUACAAAAUGUGCAUUUUGCAAAGGGGUCGUUAGAGCUUGGGAACCCAAUGAUAUUCCAGAUGUAGAACAUAAAAGACAUUUUCCUGCUUGCCCAUUUGUAAUUACAACAAUCAAUCCCAGACUACAUAGCAGCGAUAACGGUCAACUAGCACAGGAUCAAUUAGGUGUUCAAAAACAUAAUGGACCAAAACGAGCAGAUUAUGGUACAGUGGAGGCUAGGCUGAGAACUUUCAGUUCGUGGUCACCACAUUUAAUACAGACACCGGAUUUGUUAGCACAGGCUGGAUUUUAUUAUGAAGGCAUGAAUGAUCAAGUACGAUGUUUUCACUGUGAUGGAGGACUGAGGCAUUGGGAUCCAGAUGAUGAUCCUUGGACUGAACACGCGAGAUGGUUUCCUAGAUGUUCGUUUGUUAAUUUAGUCAAGGGACAAGAUUUUGUGACUGCAUGCUCUUUGGAGAAUCUGAAUAGUAGUAAUGGGCAAAAUAGCAAAAUUCAAGCAAAGAAAAGACGGCAAGUAUCCAAUGAAGAACUUCAAGCUCACAUGAUAAGUGAACCCGCCCUUACAGCUCUAGGUAUAGGAAUAGACGUGCAAAGAGUCAGACGAGCUAUGAAAGAAAAACUAGAACUUACAGGACAAGGAUAUUCUCAUGCAGACGCUCUAGUGGAAGCGUCACUUAACAUGCAACUAGAAGAAGAAGAUGGUUUUGAAAAUCCUCCUCUCGCUAGCAACCAAAUAAGAAAUAAUCUAGUAGCAGCUCUGAUUGAUUUUAGUAAAGGAACUGAUAACGGUAAUACAGACCAAACAUUACAACCAAAUAUACCUCAGCAGUCGAGUACGCCUCCAGAUUGUCCUAGGGGUCAGUUUGACGCUUGUGCGCCGUCAGGUGUUAAGUUUGAAAAAUCUGUAUCUUUGGAAGAGGAAAAUAGAAUUCUCAAGGAAGCGAGACAAUGUAAAAUUUGUAUGGACGCGGAGGUGGGAAUUGUUUUCUUGCCUUGCGGACAUUUGGCAACUUGUGUGAACUGCGCCCCCAAUUUGGAAGAUUGUCCUGUUUGUCGAUCAGUCAUCAAGGCUGCCGUACGAACUUUUUUGUCAUAAUAAUUUAUUCACGCAAUAUAUAGUUUAUUAAUUGUUA